CAUUGGGCGCUAAAAGGUUAUUAGCGUUUUCAGUCAACUAACAAAAGCCACAUGCAAUUUACUGGGAUUUGUUCAAGCGUUUAUCAUAGCUGGGAGGCUAAGCAUACAGUAGCAUACUUAGCAAACUACUCCGCAGCUGACUUUAAAAACUGUAACCAGCCAGCUGCAUCUAGAAGCACCGGAGCCGAAUAACUGAAUAAGUGUAAGCGCUACUUUAUCAUUCGCGAUGGCUAGUUAACCUGUAGCAAAAAAAGUUGCCUGUUUGCCUUUUUCUUUGAGACGACCAAAGGGAAAGAACACUGAACAUCAUCAUGCCUCCGAAGAAGAAAGUGAAAGGAAAAGCGAAGAAGGGAAAAAAGAAGUUAGAUGAAGGCACUGUGCUGGAAGAGAAAUACAGACGCAGUGUCUUGGAUGUGACCGUGCUUAAGGAGCAUCUAGCUUUGCGUACAGAUGCAGUGCGACAGGCCCAGUGUAGCUGUGAGGAGCUGAAGUCCCGCAUGAAGGAGCUGGAGCAGGAUCUUCAUCAGGAGAGACACGACAAGAGGGACAUCACUGCAGAUCUCACACGCCAGUACAAGUUCAUGAAGACAGAUCUGGGGGUCAAAGUUCAGAAGCUGGAGACUGAGGUCACCGUGCUCCAGCAACAUCUCGUUCAGUGUCAGACAGACUUGAAAACAGAGAGGGAGUUGCGUGAGAAGAUGCAGCAGGAGAAGGAUGCCACUAUCUCAGACCUUCAGAGCAGGCUGGACAGCCUGGAGACGGGCUACGGGAAGCUCCUGCAUGACAGCCUGGAUACCCUGCUGUCUGAACUGGCUGAUACUCGGCUGCGCUGGGAAAGUGAGAGCACCACCAUCCACCAGGAACACAAGGAGCUCCUGGCCACCUUGGGCCUGAACCCCCUCCACCUGUGA